AUGGCUUCCGGAUCCAAACCCUGCAAAUGGUCGGCCCAUCCUACACGCUCUAGCCACGCAUUGGCAUCUGUCUUUGCGUCGGCGGCUUUGAUGCACUCUCUAUCCUCGCUCGAACUGCUCUUGCUUUUGCUCCAUGGCGCGCACCGUCCGCUCCACCAUGGUGGCCUCAUCGGCCGUCUGGGUGGCUGGCGCCCCAAACCCGACCUCGAAAUAACUGCUGCCCGGCCCGUUGCUGAAAAAUCACUGGCUCUGGACGCCGGUACGCCAUGGCACCUCUCUCGGGUCUAUGGGCUGGUGCAUAAUCCUCCUUCCUCUCCCACGCGGGUUGCUCCAUCUGUGUUUUGUACGGGUAUGCUCCUGCAUGCCUCGCGGGGUGCCAACUACGGUCCAACACCCUUCCUCGCCACAACCUAA